AUGCGAUCGCAUCUCACACCAUUACAGGCACCCAUCAAUUCCCCCAUCGUGGCUCGUGCCCCGGCCGGAUGCCCCAGUACCAUUUCCGGAGGUGCGAUUGCCGGAAUCGUCCUCGGCUCGAUCGCCGGUACCCUGUUGGUCCUGUGGCUGUGGCGCGUGUGCCAACUGCCAGGUGCCUGGAGCGGCGGGGGCGAGCCGGACGUUGGCUACCGUCCUCCCAUCGCUCGUUCGUCGCGCGGUCGCAGAAGAAGACGCAGUCGUGGCGCAUACGCUGACUACGUCGAGAAGCCACCCAGCGUCUCGCGGCGGUAUCGUGAUGAUGUGCGGCGGCCACAGAAGGUGUAUAUCGCGGAAUGA